UCUAUCUUCAUCCUCCCCCAAGACAUCAGUAAUGAGUCACCCCCUGGCUGGGUCAGGGCCCCCGACCCCUGAACACAUGGCACAAUCAGACUCCCCUCGCCGUGAGCGGUCCAGUCACGUGAUGGAGGGGGUCGCGGUGCAGGAGGAAUGGCAGGAUGAUGAACUUCCAGGGCAACUACCAGAGGAUGACCUGGAGGAUCAUGGGACGGAGUCAGGGGUCAGUUCUCCCAGCACCACCCUCAGUCCUGACAGGGAGAGAGUUCCCCCCUCGUCUCUGGACCUGGGAUCAGGCGCGAGACCCAAGCAGAGAAAACGUGUCCCGCUGUCCCCCAACCUCAACGUCAACCUGGACAGCACCAUGACAACCCAGGACAGCGUGGACGAGACGCCAGAUGACCUUGAUGAUGACGACCUUGACAACCUCCCCGAUGACAUUGACACGCCAGACGACAUUGAUGACUUUGAUUCAUCAGGACAUGGAAACGACCUUGAAUGGGAAGACGAUACGCCCAUCGGGUCCAGUCGUACCACCCCCCAGGGCGAGAGUGUUCCGCAGUUUUCCGCGGACGAGGAGGCACGCAUGUGGAGGACCGUCGUGAUUGGUGAACAGGAACACCGCAUCGACAUGAAGGUCAUUGAUCCCUACAAGAAGGUCAUCUCGCACGGAGGUUACUAUGGAGAAGGGCUGAACGCCAUCAUCGUGUUUGCAGCAUGUUAUAUGCCAGACAGCAGCAGGCCUGAUUAUAAAUAUGUCAUGGACAACCUUUUCCUGUAUAUAAUAAGCACCUUGGAGCUCCUGGUGGCAGAAGACUACAUGAUUGUGUAUCUCCAUGGAGGCACGCCCAGACAGAACGUCCCUUCCAUUGGCUGGCUCAAGAAGUGUUACCAGAUGAUUGACAGGAGGUUACGUAAGAACUUGAAACAGUUGCUGAUCGUGCAUCCGUCCUUCUGGCUCAAGACCAUCAUCCGUUUCACGAGACCCUUCAUCAGUUCCAAGUUCUACAGGAAGGUGGUGUUUGUGUACAGCCUGAGUGAACUGGCAACCAAAAUUCCCAUGGAGUACAUCUACAUACCAGAGCAUAUAAGGGAGUAA